AUACUACUCAGAACCCUCUGAAAUAGGAACUUUCUUGCUCUGGAACUCUACUUUACAGAUGCAGAAUUAAGAAAGGAAUAAUGCUUCUAUUACUAGAGGCUACUGUCCUGUACUGGUAAUAUGUAAAUUUGAAAACAUUACUUUCCCAGUUGGCCUUAGUAUGCUCAUCUAAAGUGUCACAAUGCUACCUCUUAGAAUUUAUCUGGAUCAAGGCAUAUGUGGUAAAGUGAAAUUCCGCAUUUUCUGAAGAUGUCUGCUUUAUUAGAGAAGGCUUCCUUGACCAUCCUAUUUAAAAUUUUAAUCCCUAUCUUGGUACUACGUCCCUUUCACGCUAUAUUCUUUUCCCUACUACAUUUAAUUAAAAAUGUUUUUAUUGUUUAUCUGCCAUCCUCUAAAAUAUAUACUCUAUUAGGGCAAAGAAUUUUGUCUGUUUUAUUCACUGCAUGUCCCUAGUGACUACAGGAGUGACUAGCACACUAAUAGAUAUUUGCUAAGUGAAUAAGGUUGUGCCUGUAAAGAGAUUAACAGGUAGCUGGCACUUAGCGAAUGCUCAGUAAAAAGCAACGCAGCCUAACUCCAGACUUGUCUUCCUAUUGGGGACAGGAGGGACUCCUACGGUUAUAUAAAUCCUGUUAUACCUAAAUUGGUGUUACUCAAAGCUUCUAUCAUUACAAGUUCCAAAAGCCUCUCGAUGCCUUUAUCCUAUGUCUCCCACCGUUCCUCGCGCGGCAGAGUCUCGGGAAUUAGAACUACACCUCCCAGAAAGCGCCCGGGAUGUCGUUGGUUUGUUUCCGGAAACGGGUCCCCAGAAAGGUGGGGCUUAGAGCUGAGAGCCGACAGCGGCAGCUGUCAAUUGGUCGGGGUACCAGAUCGACGGUUGUAUUGACUAAUGGGAACAAGCGACUGCCGAAGGGUGUCGCCCACAGAAGGGGAACUGGAGGUGGUGGCGGCGGCGGCGGCGGCAGGGGUCUUGGCCGGACGCUAAUCAGGGCGGAGCGGUGUCCGCACCCGAAGCUUAUGUUUGACCGCUCCGCUUCUGCCUCCGGCCUUGACUUGUGACCCUAGGUUCCUUUGGGAUUCUCUGAUCCAGCUAGCCAGCCGCAAACCAUGUUCCCGGUGAAAGUGAAAGUGGAGAAAUCAGAGUUGGAGAUGGCCAAGGCCCGGAAUCAACUGGAUGCUGUUCUGCAGUGUCUGCUGGAGAAGAGUCACAUGGACAGGGAGCGUCUGGAUGAGGAAGCUGGGAAGACCCCCUCAGACACCCACAACAAGGAUUGCUCCAUCGCGGCCACUGGCAAACGGCCAUCUGCCCGCUUCCCCCACCAGCGGAGGAAGAAGAGGAGGGAGAUGGAUGAUGGGCUGGCCGAGGGAGGGCCACAGCGAUCCAAUGCAUAUGUGAUCAAGCUGUUUGACCGGAGUGUGGACUUGGCUCAGUUCAGCGAGAACACACCACUGUAUCCAAUCUGCCGUGCAUGGAUGCGCAACAGCCCCUCAAUGCGUGAGCGUGAACGCUCGCCCAGCUCACCACUGCCCCCACUGCCUGAGGAUGAGGAGGUGGGAUGGGUGGGUUCAGAGGUCACCAAUAGCAAGAGUCGUGACGUGUACAAGUUGCCUCCGCCCACAGCCCCUGGGCCACCUGGAGAUGCCUGCAGAUCCCGAAUCCCAUCCCCACUGCAGCCUGAGACCCAGGGUACCCCUGAUGAUGAGCCCUCUGAGCCUGAGCCCUCACCCUCCACACUCAUCUACCGCAAUAUGCAACGCUGGAAACGCAUCCGCCAGAGGUGGAAGGAGGCAUCUCAUCGGAACCAGCUUCGUUACUCAGAAAGCAUGAAGAUUUUACGGGAGAUGUAUGAGCGACAGUGAUAUUCCACCCCAAUAAACAUUUACCUCCUCACACUG